ACAGGACCGCUCGGAGGCGGCCGCAAUGCUCCCCUCCUCGCAGGAGUCGCUGGAUGGGGAUGAAAAGGAGCUAGAGAGCAGCGAGGAGGGUGGCUCCGCCGAGGAGCGGAGACUCGAGCCGCCUCCCAGCAGCCAUUACUGUCUCUACACCUACCGCGGAAGCAGAUUAGCACAGCAACGAGCGGACAGUGAUGAUGGAAGCACAAAUAGCACAAGUGCCGAAACUCCCUCUGGUGAUGAUUUCAGCCUCUCCUUGGUGGAUACUAAUCUACCAUCUGAAGUGGAGCCAGAACUGCGCAGUUUCAUUGCUAAGCGUCUUUUGAAGGGAGCAGUCUUUGAAGGGCUGGGUAAUGUUGCAUCUGUGGAGCUGAGAAAUCCAGGUUACCGAGUUGGUUGUUAUUAUUGCCUUUUCCAACAAGAAAAACUGCUUCCGGAAAUAACAGCAAUGGACUGUGAACAUAACCCUUCAGAGUACGUGGUCUGUUUUUUAGGAGGUUCUGAAAAAGGACUUGAGCUUUUCAGGCUUGAAUUGGACAAGUACAUUCAAGGGCUGAAAAAUGACAUGAACUGUGAGGAAAGGGGCCUGGAGAACCACAUAAAGUCUUAUCUGAGCAGCUGGUUUGAGGAUGUUGUGUGCCCAAUCCAAAGGGUGGUUCUUCUCUUUCAGGAGAAGCUUACCUUUCUGCUACAUGCUGCUUUGAAUUAUACUCCUGUUGAAGUUAAGGAAUCAGAUGAAAAAACAAGGAGAGACAUUAACAGGUUUCUGAGUGUGGCCAGUCUUCAAGGACUUAUUCAUGAAGGCACUAUGACAUCUUUGUGCAUGGCCAUGACGGAGGAGCAGCAUAAGUCUGUGGUCAUUGAUUGCAGUAGCUCCCAGCCUCAGUUCUAUAAUGCAGGAAGCAACCGGUUUUGUGAGGAUUGGAUGCAGGCUUUUUUAAAUGGUGCUGAAGGGGGUAACCCUUUUCUUUUCCGACAAGUACUGGAGAACUUUAAACUAAAGGCCAUACAAGACAUAAACAAUUUGAAGAGAUUUAUCCGACAGGCAGAAAUGAAUCAUUAUGCUUUGUUUAAAUGUUACAUGUUCCUAAAGAACUGUGGUAGUGGAGAUAUCCUUUUGAAGAUUGUUAAAGUGGAACAUGAAGAAAUGCCUGAAGCCAAAAAUGUGGUAGCUGUUCUUGAAGAAUUCAUGAAAGAAGCACUUGCCCAAAGUUUUUGAUCAUAUGUUUUGAGAUAAUUGUAAUAAUGUGAAGCUGUGUACAGUGUCCAAGCCUUAGUGUUUGAAAUUGCAGUUGUUAUCAUUGUUCAUAGGAUUGCUAUGGAAGAUUAUUUGAAACUCAUUCCAGAUUCUUUUUUUUUGGACUUUUAAAAUUUAACUUAAUUGAACAUAAAAAUCUGAGGUGCAUCUUCACUGAGUCCGAAAUAGAUAUGGUGUUGGAGUUGUGGAGUUUUAAUAUAUCUCUAGUCCCAUAAAUUCUAGACUUCAGGAAGGUGUUGCUUUAAAAAACUUUAGAGUUAAUUUUUGGCUUCUCUCAGGAGAUUGUUGCAGUAUUUAGCACCUUUUUUCCCCAGAAAAACCAUCAUACUUCUUUCCCAAUGGAUUGUAGCUUCUU